AUGUCGCUCUUGUGGACGUUACAGUGGCAAGCUAUUUUACUACUGUUCUAUUUGCGAUUUUAUGAUCCAUUCUGUAUGUGCGAUAAAGUCAACAUCCCUUACUAUAUAGACAAUAAAAAAAAGCAUGAGCAUACCUUACAUUACUUUCCAAGGCAAUCCACUUUGGUUUGCGAUGUUUGUGCGUUGGAGGGCGGUUCCGAAUACUUAUACGUAUGUCUUCUAUGCGAUUUCAUUGUCCAUAAGCGUUGUACCGACCUACCAUAUGUCAUAAAGGUAUCUUGUCACGAUCAUCGUCUCGCUUUUACUCCUAAACUUCCAUACAAGGAGUGGACAACUAAUUGUGGAGUUUGUCACACAAAGAUAUAUGAAAAUUACGGAGAAUACUCAUGCAGGAUGAAAGGAUGUGUUUACGCAAUGCAUUCUAGAUGUGCCAUGCAAAGUGGUGUGUGUGACGGGAAAGAACUUGAAGGAGAGCCUGAAGAAGAGACAUAUAAAAAUACUAAAAUGUAUGAAGAGAAAGGCGAUGGGAUUAUACAACAUCUGAGUCAUCUUAUUCAUCUAAUGAGGCUUGAAGAAAAUUUUCACGACGAUACCAACAAUUGUCAAGCAUGCAUACGUCUUUUUUAUGAUGAUGGCAAUGUGUAUCGAUGUAUGAAAUGCGAUUUCAUCAUUUUACAUGAAUCAUGUGCGUAUAUGCCUCGUGUGAAACAAUCUAUGCUAAAUGUUCAUCGAUUGUUUCUAAGUCUCGAUUACACAACACGUUGGUUCGAAUGUAAGAGAUGCUAUCGUUACUCAUGUGGUUUCGCAUAUGUGUGUCCUCUCGAAGUUUCUCGUUUGGAGCUAGACAUAUUUUGUGCUUCUAUAAGUGAACCGUUCGAUUAUCACUCUCAUCCACAUCCAUUGUUCAUAAGUGAAUGA